AUGGCAGCGAGGCCGCUUAUUACCGUUCACAAUGAAAAAGGUGAAACCACCACCACAAACAUUACCCUGCCUGCUGUUUUCAAGGCACCUAUUCGACCAGACAUUGUCAAUGUCGUCCACUUCCAGAUGCUGAAGAAUACUCGUCACCCAUAUGCAGUUUCUGAUAAAGCUGGACACCAGACAUCAGCUGAGUCUUGGGGAACUGGCCGAGCUGUUGCUCGUAUUCCCCGUGUGAGGGGUGGAGGUACCCACAGGUCUGGCCAGGGUGCUUUUGGCAACAUGUGCCGUGGUGGUCGCAUGUUUGCCCCUACCAAGACCUGGAGACGCUGGCACAGAAAGAUCAAUGUCAAUCAGCGCAGAUAUGCUAUUACAUCUGCCAUUGCCGCAACUGGUGUCCCAGCACUAGUCAUGUCCAAAGGUCAUCGCAUCGAAGAGAUCCCAGAAGUUCCUCUGGUUGUUAGUGACAAAGUGGAAGAACUGAAGAAAACUAAAGAAGCUGUUGCUGUUCUAAAAAAGCUGAAAGCUUGGUCUGAUAUUGAGAAGGUUUACAACAGCAAACGUUUCAGAGCAGGAAAGGGUAAGAUGAGAAACAGACGUCGCAUCCAACGCCGUGGUCCUCUUGUGAUUUACAAUAAAGACAAUGGCAUCACUCGUGCAUUCAGGAAUAUCCCAGGUAUUACACUGAUCAGUGUUGACAGACUUAACCUCCUGAAGAUCGCUCCUGGUGGUCAUGUUGGAAGGUUCUGCAUUUGGACAGAGUCUGCGUUCAGACGUCUUGAUGACAUCUACGGCACCUGGCGCAAGGAAUCUAAGGAGAAAAAGGGAUACAACCUCCCUAUGCACAAGAUGGCAACAUUUGAUCUAGCCAGACUACUGAAGAGUGAUGAAAUUCAGGCUGCUGUGAGACCACCAAACAAGGAAAUCAAGAGAAAGAUUCUGAAGAAGAACCCUCUCAAGAACUACCGUGUGAUGGUGCGCUUGAAUCCCUAUGCUAAGCAUGCCAAGAAGCAAGCUAAGCAGAUUGAAACUAUUCGCAAGCGCAAAAAGGAAGAACUGCUCAACAAGAAGAGAGGGAUUACCAAACCCCUGGAGCCGCUUCCCAAGGGCAAGGCUUCUGCUAAGAAAGCCAAGCGUUUGGCUAAAGUUGCCAGCAAGAAAGCUGCUAAGAAGUAG